AUGGGUGAGAAAAGGCAAGGGUACCAUAUGUUGGCCCUCAGGGUGAAUGAACAAUUGGGCAUAAAGAAAAAGUAUUCUUUAGUGCACAAAGCUUUGAACCCCAGAAUACUAGUGGUGUUUUGGAUCAUGGCAAUGCUGUUUGUGAGCUCGCGCGUGUAUGAAAACAUGGAUGAGGAGCAGAAAGAGAAGAGAAAAGAAGUGCUUGUGAGCAUGUGUGAGCAGAGGGCAAGAAUGUUGCAGGACCAGUUUAGUGUCAGCAUUAAUCAUGUUCACGCACUUGCAAUUCUUGUCUCUACAUUCCAUUUUUACAAGAACCCCUCAGCAAUUGAUCAGGAAACUUUUGCUGAAUACACAGCUAGAACUGCUUUUGAGAGACCACUAUUGAGUGGUGUGGCGUACGCGCAGAGGAUUCUUCUCUCGGAGAGGGAGGAAUUCGAGAGGCAGCACGGCUGGACCAUUAGGACAAUGGAGAAAGAGCCUUCGCCUGUUAGAGACGAGUAUGCUCCCGUGAUAUUCUCGCAAGAAACCUUGUCCUACCUUGGCUCACUUGAUGUGAUGUCAGGAGAGGAGGAUCGUGAGAACAUACUGAGGGCCCGGGCUACUGGUAAAGCGGUUCUUACUAACCCAUUCAGGUUGCUCAACUCUCAUUUAGGGGUGGUUUUGACUUUUCCGGUUUACAAAUUCAAGUUGCCACCAAAUCCAACCGUGGAAGAGAGAAUUGAAGCAACAGCAGGGUACCUUGGUGGAGCCUUUGAUGUUGAAUCCCUUGUCGAAAAUCUACUUGGCCAACUUGCAGGGAACCAGGCUAUAGUCGUCAAUGUAUAUGAUAUUACCAACUCAUCUGACCCGUUGAUCAUGUACGGACACAACUCUCAAGAUGGUGACAUGUCAGUUAAGCAUGUGAGCAAGCUCGAUUUUGGCGACCCUUUUCGUAAGCACGAGAUGAUUUGCCGGUAUCUCACUGAGGCUCCCACAUCAUGGCAUGCACUUCAAACAGCAGCCCUCGUCUUUAUAAUUGGCUUCCUGAUUGGAUAUAUGGCGUAUAGUGCUGUAAGCCACAUUGUUAAAGUCGAAGAUGAUUUCAAUAAGAUGCAGGAACUUAAAGUUCAAGCCGAAGCUGCUGAUGUGGCCAAAUCUCAGUUUUUAGCCACUGUCUCUCACGAAAUAAGAACUCCGAUGAAUGGGAUCCUAGGGAUGCUACAACUGCUGCUAGAUACAGAACUUAGUUCAACACAAAGGGACUUUGCUCAAACAGCUCAGGGCUGUGGUGAAGCACUUAUAACCUUGAUAAAUGAGGUGCUUGACCGUGCAAAGAUUGAAGCUGGAAAGCUAGAGCUCGAGGCUGUCCCGUUUGACCUUAGGUCGAUUGUUGAUGAUGUUCUUUCCUUGUUUUCCGAAAAAUCUAGGCAAAAGGGCAUUGAGUUGGCUGUAUUUGUCUCAGAUAAAGUGCCCGAGAUUGUCGUGGGUGAUCCAGGAAGAUUCAGGCAGGUCAUCAUCAAUCUUGUUGGAAAUUCAGUGAAAUUCACUGAGGAAGGACACAUAUUCGUCCAAGUCCACUUAGCUGAGCAAUGCAAACCCACAAAAGUUGCGAAAAUCGAAACCUACUCCAAUGGGGAAUCCGAAGCCACACCAAAAUCUCAAUCCUGGUUGUUUAACACACUUAGUGGGAAACAAGUGGCGGAGGACCGGAGCAGCUUGGACGAGGAAUUCCUAUACGACCCCACAAAAAAUGAGGUUGUGGGGUUGAGAGUAAGCGUGGAGGACACGGGAAUCGGCAUACCCGAGCAGGCUCAGAAACGGGUGUUCACACCUUUCAUGCAGGCAGACAGCUCGACUUCUAGAAACUAUGGGGGCACGGGCAUCGGGUUGAGCAUAAGCAAGUGCCUGGUGGAGCUGAUGGGUGGGCAGAUGAGCUUCACGAGCCGCCCUCAGGUUGGAAGCACCUUCUCGUUCACGGUGGAGUUCCAGAGGAGUGAGAGAAGUGAAGUUAUUUGUUUGAGUAAGUCGAUUUCGGAUGAAGUCAAUGUUGCGUUGAAGGGGCUGAGAGCUGUUGUGAUUGAUGGGAAGCCGGUUAGGGCGGCUGUUACUAUGUACCAUCUGAGGAGGCUCGGGAUUCAGUCGGAGGCUGUCAGUAGCAUCAGGGUGGGUCUUUCUUUGUAUGCGAAGCACGGGUCCCUUAACGAUGAGAAGGUGCCGGACAUGUUUAUAAUAGAAAAGGACGCAUGGAUUUCCUCCGAGGAAGAAGACGGGCCCAUGCAGCUUUCAUCAAGACAAAAUGGGUGCAAGUACAAACUGCCGAAAAUUAUCCUCCUCGCGACCAACAUCACGCCUACUGAGUCUAACCGGGCUAAGGCUGCUGGGUUUGCUGACACGGUGAUUAUGAAACCCCUGCGGUCAAGCAUGGUGGCCGCGUGUCUGCAGCAGGUACUCGGGAUAGGCCGUAAAAUCCAAAACUCAUCCCCCAGAAGUGGAGCCAUAGCCAAGCCCAAGGGUCUGCUGUGGGGCAAGAAAAUACUGGUGGUGGAUGACAAUGUGGUGAACCGAAGAGUGGCAGCUGGGGCUCUCAACAAGUUUGGGGCUGAGGUGAGAUGUGUUGGGAGUGGGCAUGAGGCCCUCGCCUGCCUCCAGAUACCACACGAUUUUGAUGCAUGCUUCAUGGAUAUUCAGAUGCCCGAGAUGGACGGGUUUGAGGCAACUCGUCUCAUUAGGGAGAUGGAGAGCAAAGCAAAGAUGCACAAUAAUAAGAGCAAUCAAGAUUGGCAUAUGCCUAUUCUGGCAAUGACUGCUGAUGUCAUACACGCCACUCUGGACGAGUGCCUUAAGUAUGGCAUGGAUGGGUACGUAUCCAAACCUUUCCAAGAGAAAAGCCUCUAUCAGGCUGUCGCUAAGUUCUUCGACUCCAACCCCAACCCCACCAUCUCAUAG